CUCUCUCUCCAAAAAAUCCCAAAUUCAAUAUUAGAUCCGAUCUCUCACCUCUGCAAUCACCGACGUCACAAACCCAAAAAGACUUGAAAUUGAAAGAAUGGAGUUUCAAGUGCUUGAUUUGGGAGCUCUGAAUUGAAAUGCAGUCAAAUUCAUCUCCAUCACCACCAUUAUUUCCGCCGAGUCCAUUCUCAUUCAAUGGCGAUUUGAGCGACGGGGGUUUCGAGGGAACUAGGGUUUUGUUCUUCGCUUCGUUGCUCUUCUUCCAAGGGGGCGGCAUGGAUUUCUCCAAGGUCGGAGAGAAGCUUCUCAGCUCAGUUCGCUCUGCCCGAUCUCUCGGCCUCCUUCCUUCCACUUCCGAUCGUCCCGAGGUUCCUGCACGAGCUGUAGCAGCAGCAGCUGUUGCUCGUGCUCUUGCUGGACUACCCCCUCAUCAGAGGUAUAGUCUUCCAUCAAGCUCUGAAGAGUUGAGUUCGAUAUAUGGAAGCAAGCCCCAUGGUCAAGUAGUGGAGGAGCUUGAGGAAGAAUUUUACGAAGAGGAGUUUGAUCCCGUAAGACAUGUUCUAGAGCAUAUGCCGUCUGAAGAAAAUGACGUAGCAUAUUUUGAGGAAAAGGCCACUGUUAGAUUAGCACAAUUGGAUAGCAUAGCAGAACGUUUGUCCCGCCACGUUAUGGAGCAUCAUGAAGAAAUGGUGAAGGGGAUGCAUUUGGUGAGGGAAUUGGAGAAAGACUUGAAGGUGGCUAAUGUCAUUUGCAUGAAUGGGAGAAGGCAUCUAACCUCAUCAAGGAAUGAGGUAUCAAGGGAUCUCAUCGUCACAACAAGUUCCAAAAAGAAGCAAGUUCUUCUGGACAUGCUUCCAAUUUUAACGGAACUUCGUCAUGCAUUGGACAUGCAAGUAGCGCUUGAAAACCAUGUUGAGGAAGGAAACUUCUUUAAGGCAUUCCAAGUCCUAUCCGAGUAUUUGCAGCUUUUAGAUAGUUUUUCUGAGCUUUCGGCCAUACAAGAGAUGAGCCAUGGUGUUGAGGUUUGGCUGGGAAAAACUCUUCAAAAGCUGGAUUCACUUUUAUUAGGGGUGUGCCAAGAUUUCAAAGAGGAUGGCUAUAUAACUGUGGUUGAUGCUUAUGCGUUGAUUGGGGAUGUUUCUGGUCUUGCUGAAAAGAUACAAAGCUUCUUUAUGCAGGAGGUUCUCUCAGUAACCCAUUCUGUCUUGAAAAAUAUUUUGCAGGAGGACCUGGAACCUUCCAAUAUGCAAAGUAGUAGUUCCAGACUUACCUACAGUGAUCUAUGCCAUCAAAUACCUGAAUCCAAGUUUAGGCAAUGUUUAUUGACAACACUAGCUGCCCUUUUUAAGUUGAUGAGUUCAUAUCAAGUAGUCAUGAGCUUUCAACUAGCGGAUAAGGUUUCAGCAUGCCAUGCUCCACACAUAAAGCAGAAGCAACGUGAUGUUCCUGGUGUUUCUGGGGAUGUUCAGCAUGUUGAUACAGUAAAAGGAAAUUCUUAUAGUUCAAAUGAAGACAAUGGUUUGCUCUCUGAGUCUAUGGACAGAUUACAUACAACAGCUACCACCUCUUCAAUUAAUGCUACUGAAACUAAUGGUUCCAUGUGUAUAAACUCUUCUGAUUCAGUUGAUGAGUCAAGGAAUGGUGGGAGUGAAGCAUCAAGUAGUGGGUCUCCAUGGUUUCAACUGAGGAAAGAUGCUACGGUAUUUGUUUCGCAGACCUUACAGAGAGGUCGCAAAAAUCUUUGGCAGCUCACAACAAGCCGUGUAUCAGUGUUGCUUUCUUCUGCUGCUGUUUCUUCAUCCAGCAUUCAUCAAUUUUUGAUAAAUUAUGAAGACCUGAACAUCUUCAUCUUGGCUGGGGAAGCUUUUUGUGGAGCUAAAGCAGUUGAGUUCAGGCAGAAAGUGAAGGCUGUGUGCGAAAACUAUUUGGUUGCUUUUCAUCGGCAAAAUAUAUAUGCACUGAAAAUGGUUCUGGAAAAGGAGAAUUGGCUAAAAUUACCUCCAGAAACAAUACAAGUUGUAAGUUUUGCUGGGCUUGUUGGUGAUGGAGCAGCCCUGAUUGUUCCAUCUGAACGUAACUCUUCUAAUAAAAGGGUGCUGCAUUCCAAUAAAUCAGCAGAUUCAGUUGAAACUGGUCCUAAGAAGAGUGGAUUUUCCUAUUGGCUUAAAAGCGGAAACCCAUUUUUGGUGAAACUAAGUUCCAAAGAAUACCAUGAUUCCUUUUCACUAAAUGGGUCUAACUCUGGAGAAUCUGAUGGAAAAAUUAAUGAGAAUUCUCAAAGUGACAAGUUUUCUCCAAAAACCAAUGAUGCAAAUCAUGUAAAUGGUAGUAAUUCUGUCUCGGAAGAUGAAAAUGAAGAUCUUCAUGCAGACUUCAUUGAUGAAGAUAGUCAACUCCCAAGUCGGAUUUCUAAGCCCAAUCAUUCAAGAAAUAAUUCUUCUCAUUGCAAUGAUGAAGAAAUGACCGCACAAACAGGAUCAUCACUCUGUCUUCUAAGGUUGAUGGAUAAAUAUGCAAGGCUUAUGCAGAAACUGGAGAUAGUCAAUGUUGAGUUUUUUAAGGGAAUUUAUCAGUUGUUUGGGAUUUUUUUCCAUUUUGUUUUUGAGACAUUUGGUCAGCAGAACACUUUCCCUAGUGGAAAGGGCUUGGGUGACUCGCUUAGUUAUCAACUAAAGACAGCAUUAUACAGAAUAACACAAGAUUGUGAUCAAUGGAUAAAACCCCAGUCUGUAUCAUUUUUUUCCUCUUCCCCAACGUCGAUGAAUACAUCCCUCACUCAUAUGGAACUGAUGCCUGCUAGUCCACAGAAUACCAAUUUUGGUCACCCACUUAGCACAUCUUUUGGGCUCAAGGAAAGAUGUGCAGGUGCCGAUACUAUAUCUAUUGUUGCUCGAUUAUUGCUUAGAUCUAAAGCUCAUCUUCAAUUGAUGCUUUUGCAAAAUAAUGCUGCUGUAGUUGAAGAUUUCUAUGCACAUUUGGUGGAUUCUGUACCAGAUCUUGUGCAGCAUAUUCAUAGAACUACUGCAAGAUUACUUCUUCAUAUUAAUGGGUAUGUUGAUCGGAUUUCCAAUGCCAAAUGGGAAGUUAAAGAGCUUGGACUAGAGCAUAAUGGGUAUGUUGAUUUGCUGUUGGGAGAAUUUAAGCACUACAAGACGAGACUUGCUCAUGGUGGAAUUCCAAAGGAGGUUCAGGACCUCCUCUUAGAAUAUGGAGUUGAAAUUGUUGCUGAAACUCUCAUUGAAGGCCUAUCACGAGUAAAGAGGUGUUCUGAUGAGGGACGGGCUCUUAUGUCAUUAGAUCUUCAGGUUUUGAUAAAUGGCCUACAGCAUUUUGUCCCCACAAAUGUGAAACCAAAAUUACAAACGGUUGAAACUUUCAUCAAGGCGUACUAUCUUCCAGAAACUGAAUAUGUGCACUGGUCACGUGCUCAUCCGGAAUACAGUAAAAGUCAUAUUGUAGGGUUGAUCAACCUUGUAGCGACAAUGAAAGGUUGGAAAAGAAAAACACGGUUGGAAGUAAUAGAAAAGAUAGAGGGAGCUGGACUGUAGCUUCUGUUAGUGUUGUAAGAUUUCAAUCAUAUAAAAAUUUCCAUUUUUCUUUUACCCUAAUCUUUUGUGUCCUCAUAAAUGGUUUUGAUGUAAAUUGGAUAGUCUCUUGAAACUCCCAUUAUUCAGAGAGAAAACAUCACAAGGUUGUAUAUCUUCUGUGUCUGAGAUUGUAAUAUAAUCCUUCCCUUCAAUGGAAAACAUCAAAUGUAAUUCGGAUCACAUCAUACAUGAAAUAAUGAUUUUACAUGAGCGCAUUGAAGUCGCAA